GUGCCCAACAAAAGGACUUCAACUGCCAGGCGGCCGUCUACCGCAACUGCUGUGACUGGAACGCCGGUGUCUACAUUUGUAACGUGGAUGUCGCCGGAUCGAAGGCAGUGAAUCCAGCCUGCGUGAAUGCUGGAUUGGUGACCUGCCCGGCGCCAAGAUAA